AUGGAAAAUGUUACUGAAGCUCAAGAUAAUCAGACUUGGGGGACUUGGACGGACCAAAUAAUCGAAUACAAAGUGGUGAGCACUUUGUUAGUUUUCGUGAUAUGCGCCUUUGGGAUCGUUGGUAAUGUUAUGGUGAUCUUAGUGGUGCUUACCACUAAACACAUGAGGACACCCACCAACUGCUACCUGGUGAGCUUGGCCGUUGCAGAUCUCAUCGUACUAACUGCGGCGGGCUUACCGAAUAUCACGGACAGCAUCUUCGGGUCUUGGGUGUUCGGCCGCUCAGGAUGUCUCGGAAUCACCUACCUCCAGUACCUGGGAAUCAAUGCAUCGUCCUGCUCUAUCACCGCCUUUACCAUCGAAAGGUACAUCGCUAUUUGCCACCCGAUAAAAGCCCAGUUGCUGUGCACACUGUCCAGAGCCAAGAAGAUAAUAUUGUUUGUCUGGGGUUUCACUUUACUCUACUCCGUCAUGUGGUUCUACCUGUCAGAUAUCAAAGAAGAAGCAUAUGAGAACGACGUGACCAUCGUGAUAUGCAGCUACAAAGUUUCAAGACAACUCUAUUUGCCCAUUUACUUUUUGGAUUUCGGGAUAUUUUUUGUUGUGCCGCUUAUGCUGGCUACCAUUCUGUAUGGUCUCAUCGCCAGAAUCCUGAUCAUGAAUCCGUUACCUUCUGAACGCAAGGAUAAAAGUAAAAAUGAACAAAGCAACACAACAAGGGGAUGUAAAAACUCCCACCACACCAGCACUACCGCUACUUCUCGGAGACAGGUGACCAAGAUGCUGGCUGUGGUGGUGAUCCUGUUCGCUGUGCUGUGGAUGCCGUACCGCACCCUGGUGGUGGUAAACUCCUUCCUGGAGCAGGCCUACAUGAAUACCUGGUUUAUCCUCUUCUGUCGGAGCUGUGUCUACCUCAACAGUGCAAUCAACCCCAUCAUCUACAAUGCUAUGUCGCAGAAGUUCCGUGCCGCCUUCCGCAAGCUCUGCCUCUGCGGACGGAAAGGCUCUGAGAAGCCUACCGGCGGCACGUACGGUGUGGCGCUGACCUACAGCGUGGUCAAGGACACAUCUAUGGUGGAGACUACGGACCAAUUCAACACAGAGCUGGACGAGAUCACGGUAACCUGUGAGUUGCCUGACAAGAAGAUGGUGUUUCAGGACACCUGUGUGUACAGCAAGGUGACUUUAUGCAAUGACUGA